CUCUCAUACAAAACCAAAUGGCAAUCGCCCAACCAAGUAAAUGUUUCUGGUGUGCUGUGCUGAGAAGCUUUGCAUCAUGAGUUUCCUGGUUGUUGUGCUAUUCAUGUUGGGACUUCCCUCUGUGCACCCCUGCCCUGCUAGAUGUUCAUGUAAUGCACAAGGAGCAGUUAACUGCAGAGGGGAUAUAACGGAUAUACCCAGCUCUAUGUCGAUCCAUACCUACCUGCUAAUACUGCAGGGAACAAAUGUCCAGGUCCUCAGGAAUCGAGUUCUUCAGCCUCUCACUCUUCUCCUCCGGCUGAGCAUCACUGACAGCACUCUGGACACCAUAGAGCCAGAGGUCUUUAACAUGGCUCCACAGCUUCUGUCUAUCAAGCUGUCAUCAAACCAUCUCUCCAGCUUCCCGUCAGGGGUGUUCCGGAGCUUAUCUGCGCUCGAGCAACUGCACCUGGAUGGAAAUCAGAUCACGGCAGUUCCCGCUGAACUUUUCGAGGGCCUUGGGAACCUGACUGAGCUGGACAUGAGCAAGAACAACAUCGCUGCGCUGGAGAGCAAUGCCUUCCAGAACCUCCACAAGCUGCGCUUCUUAAACCUGGGGAGGAACUCACUUGCGCAGUUGCCUCCCAACUUGUUCCAUUCCCUCCCGUACCUCCAGUAUCUAAUUCUUUACAGUAACCAGCUGAAGUCAAUUCACCCCAAUGAGUUUGAUCACCUCAACAACCUCCUGGAGCUCAAGCUCCACAGCAAUCAGAUCAGCAGCAUCCCGCCUCAGCUCCUCUGGAACAUGCCAUACCUGCAGACGCUGACUCUGUCUGGAAAUAAGCUUCAGACCCUUCCAGAAGAGAGUCUGUACCACCUCCAUCACCUGACCAAGUUAACUCUGUACAGUAACCCCCUUGAUAUCCUACCGGAACGACUAGUGGGCCACAUGCCAAAGCUUACGGAACUGUAUCUGUAUGGUACCUUACUCACCACUGUCCCAUGGAACCUGUUUGCCAACAUGACAGGGCUGUUACACCUUAAUUUCCACUUGAAUGAGAAGUUGAACUCUCUACCUGAGGACCUCUUUUGCUGCAAUCCAAAUCUGGUAAAGCUGUCUUUGAAAUCAAAUGCACUCCAGAGCUUACAUCCUCAGCAUUUCAGUCGUCUCCCCAAACUUAAAACACUUUUCCUAAAUGGCAAUAGACUUAUGUCUCUCCCUGAAGGAAUCUUUCAUAACUUGGGAGAAAUUGAGGCAAUUGCGUUACAUGAAAACCAGCUCCAGACUCUUCCUGGAGAUGUGUUUACCAUUUGGAAUUUUACUCACACACCCCAAAGCGUUACACUAGCUGACAACCCAUGGAACUGUUCAUGUAGUAUCAUGGGUUUGGCAACAUGGAUCAGAAAUAACCCAGGGACGGUGAAAGACAAAGAACAGGUAGCAUGUAUGAAACCUUUCCACCUUUACAAUGUCACUCUGAGGUCUCUGAGUUAUCUUUUAUGUCAGCCAGCUACUAAAGUCAUGACCACAGUGGUCCCACCAACCACCGAGCAAACGACAGAGACCAGCAUGACUACAACAACACCAAUCACCGAGCAAACGACAGAGACCAGCAUGACUACAACAACACCAAUCACCAAGCAAACGACAGAGACCAGCAUGACUACAACAACACCAAUCACAGAGGAAACGACAGAGACCAGCAUGACUACAACACUAACCACAGCUCCAACAAUGAUUCUUCCCAGGUUGACUUCACGACGUCCCAGGUUGACAGCUACGGCACAUACAACCCCCUCAAUUGCCCCUCUGCCUGAGACGCCAGCAACAAGCUCACCUCAUCACAACCAUGCCUCCACAGAGAAUGGAGCUCUCCCUAUAUACAAACCAAUCAACCAAAGUGUUGUGACCCACUGGGUGGUCCUUGAAAAUGGGCCAGACAUUGUCCACAACAACCGGCACAGGGGAUGGGUGUACUUGUGGACAGUCCCACCCAGCGGAGCCUACAGCGAUUUCCUGAUGACUGUCCAUGUCAUCAUGCUGGUGGUUGGCGUGGUUCUGAUUGUGGCCAGCAUGUACACCCUCUACCGACUGUAUGAGGUGAUAUGCACUCUGGCUGCAAUCCAGGGAUGCAAGAUUAUAGCCAUAGGGGGAUCAAAAAGGAGAGAGCACAUGCUCUAAUAAAGAUUUUUCAGGAUUUCAGGGCUAUUUCUUGUGUUUGCAGAUUGUGUGCUGGAUUUCCAAAGUUUGGAUAGAGGGGUUCUUACCAGUUGGUGGUGACGACCUUACAAUUCAAAUUAAUCUCUCACAUGGACUCACUAAUAGCCAAAGUUGCUUUAUACAUAAAUGUGUGCAUGGUAAAAAGGUCUGUCAAGAUAGCAUGGUGAAACAAAUACUCAUUUUGUUGUUUUGUCAAAUUUAUUCUAACAUGUUUCUUCCACAUUUAUCAUCUGUAUGUAAUUGUUUUCAGGAGAAUAUAGGCUACAUAAGCCUCUUGCUUGACAUUGAUAUUUGCAUUAUGUUGUGGGUUUAAUGCUUACUGGUUGUCCAGUGAAUCUGUCUAAAUGUUUUGGUAAGUACAGUAUAUGUCCUAGAAAAACCUUGGACAUAUCACUUGAUUGAUGUUUAUGUCUAUGUGUUUAUACUUUUUUUUAUAAUCCACUGAAAUUAUAUCAGUCACCAUUAUCCAGUAUUACUGAAAAUGUACAAAAUGCUUUACAAACUUUCCUUCUGAUUAAAAAAGGCACAUCAUUUAAAAGAUA